AUGGCCAGGGACCGCCGCAUCGGCAUCGAAGUGUACGUAGACACCGUGUGUCCGUGGUGCUACAUCGGCAAGAAGAGCCUCGACGAGGCGGUGCGGAGCUACAAGGCCCAGAACAACCCGGACGUCGAGUUCGACAUCGUAUACAAGCCGUUCUAUCUGUCCGCCAAGCCGGAGAGACCAGGCCAGCAGUCCCCCAGCAAGGAGGCGGUCUACCUCUCCCGCCGCACGCCGGAGGACAGGGCGCAGCUGCUCCGGCGCCUCGGGGCCGCCGCGGCGCCGUACGGCACCCGCUGGUCCUGGGCCGGCCGGCUGGGCAGCUCGCGCGCCUCGCACCGCCUGCUCCGGCUCGCGCGCGGCCGCGGCAGCGAUGUCCAGGGCCGGCUGCUGGACGAGAUCUUCCGCGGCGUGUUCGAGGAGGGGCAAGACGUUGCCGACCCGGCGUUUCUCGCCAGAGCGGCGGCGGGGCUAAAUCUCGGUGGAGACGAGGUCAGGAGAUGUCUGCGGGAGCAGGACGCCGGGGUGGACGAGGAGGCGCGGGCGGCGCGGGAAGAUGACGAAAUCAGCACGGUACCUACGUUUGUCGUGCAGGGACGGUGGCGGGUGGGAGGUAUGCAGGGCAAGGAGGUGUUUGCGAGGUUGUUUGACAAGGCAAUAAAAGCUCAGUUGAAGACGAGUAGGAUGUAG